GUAUCUUGCAACUUUUAUCGCUGGAGUAAUCAAGUAACGCACGCUGACGUGACGUCAGUUUCUGUCUUGAUGAUUUUCUGGCUUAAGUGAAUACCGUUUGGCGGCCGAUUUUAUAAAAUUUACAAAAAUAUAAUAAAAACCCGGUAUUUCAAUAGUUACCUUCAAAAUUUUCACGCUUUAAAAAUGUCAUCAGGACCAGAACCUAAGGCUAUGGAAGCGGAAAAUCAAGAAGCGGGAUCCAGUGUAUUUACCGAUAUAAUUUAUAGCCCCGUUAAUUUGCUAUUGACUGUAAACUGUGUUUUUAUUGUUGUAGUGAUAUAUAAAUUAUUAAGGAGUAGGUUUACUAAAAAGUCAGUUGAGGCUGCGACGCCAGAAUUGCCUAAAAUUCGUAAGGAUAUGACGGUUGCGGAGUUGCGGCAGUAUGAUGGGACUCAGCCGGACGGGCGCGUGCUGGUGGCUGUAAACGGGUGGAUAUUCGACGUUACGCGGGGACGGCGCUUCUAUGGACCCGGUGGUCCAUAUGCUACAUUUGGCGGUAAAGACGCCUCCCGAGGGCUGGCAACAUUCUCCGUAACGUCUUCAGACAAGGAGUAUGAUGACCUAAGUGACCUCAACUCUAUGGAGAUGGAGUCAGUUAAAGAGUGGGAGGCUCAGUUCCGAGAGAAAUACGAUUUAGUGGGGCGCCUCCUGAAGCCGGGAGAAGAGCCUACGAACUACUCGGACGAGGAGGGAGAUGACACCGACCCACCCACCGCCAAUUCCGUCGACAAAAAGGACAACUAAUUACAACAAAUUAUUUACUUUAUACAUCUUUAUUCGAAUUAAGGUGCUGGUGGACUUGGGCCUUCACUUGUAACAUAGAGUUAUCUGUUGUUGUCUGUUUAUAACUCGGAUACUAAAAUGACAGUGCUAUCGGCCAAUCUACUACCCAAUCAGCCCAAUGCAACUGACAUUUUAGCUGUAGAUAGAGCGCCACUGCAACUUUAAUUUAUGGGAAUUGGUACAUAAAAACUGAGUUUAAGUACUCCAUUGAAACGACGACACCGCUGCCUCUGCUUUUCACUAAGUCAGCGAGCAUUCAUAAAUGCACACACAACCCUGAAGUUGUGUUUGUGAUAUUUAUAUCAUAUAUCUACGAAGAUUUUUUACUGUUUGUCAGUUGAGAACUCUUUAGAACAUACAAUGAAAUAAUAAAACCGUUUUCAUCUAUUCUUGUCCAUUAAAAGCACUUGUUGUUACAAGUGAAUGUUUAUAGCAUAUGUAUCACCUUAAUAACAUUAGCUUUGGAUACCAUUUGGAAGUAAAGCACUUACAUAGGUUUACAAUCCUCAACGGUGUUUUUAAUUUCGCAAAUUGCGACUUGCGAAGAAAAUUGUAUUUCGAAUAAUAUAUUUCUUUGCAUUCGUGAUCCGGACACAGAAUCGCAUUAUAGCGUGUAGUGUUCGAAGCACAUUUUCAAUAUUCGCGACGUCGACACAACAUGGCACUCGCUACUUUAAGCUUUUUUAAUACCAAAAGGUGGUUGAUAAAAAUAUUAUAUAGAGCAAGCCAAAAAAAUUAUAACUGAUAAAUGUUUCUGCUGGCAUUUAUUUACUCAAACACUAAUUUAAAUUGUAAAUUCCAAUGUUCAAGUUCAAUUAGCUUUAAUUCUAUGUAUUGAUAACUUUCAAGAGCAGUCUAAUUUAAUUUUAAGGCUGUUUUUUUUUCAUACGGUUAUUUUGAUUGGGUUACGAUAAUUACAGACCACCUAUCCAAAACGUCAUCGGCUUGUUAUCAACUGUAGGAUCUCAAACAGUCAUCAGUGAUAGUGUUGAUUUUUAUCCAAUUUAUACCACCAACGUCUUAAUAAUACACAUAUUUUACUAUUUAUGAACUAAAGCAUAAAAAAUAGGUAUUUUGUACAUUAUACACUCAUCCAUAAAGGUGAACUUUACGAGAAUGCAGAGUUAAAAACCGGAUAUCAAGAGGAAGUCUUGGAAAUAUGCAUUGGUUUAAAUUAUUCGUUUAAUUAAUUAAAAUUUCGUUUUUCGGUUUAAUUUUACAACAACAAUGUCCUAUAAUAUUUAUUUAUUUUCGUCAAUAAGAUGUAUGAAUUAUACCCACCAUAACUAUAUUCUUUCGCGCAGUUAAAUGUGGUCGAUGUCACUUGCCCAAAAUUGACAGUUAAAAUUUGAUGCCGAGCACACAUAUUGGACCGACGUUUGCGCAGCAAUGCGGAGGAAUAAGAUAGCAAUAUCGUUUGCUCCCUCUAACACGAAACCGCGUCCCUUAAAGUAGCUUACGUUGGCUCAAUAUGUGUAAUUGUGUACUCAGCAUGAAAGAUACCUAACGACUAUUACGACCAACUUGCAUUCGGAAUCUAAUCCUAUGUGAAAACUUAAUAAGAUUAUCUUAAAAUAAGAGUCUUACCCCCUUAUUCAUAAACGCGUACUAAAGUUACGAUGCCGCUAAUCAUCGUUUGUCACUUUCCAUCAUACCAAUACGUCGGAAAGGGACAAACGAUGAUUAUCGGCAUCGUAACUUUAGUACACGUUUAUGAAUAAGGGGGUUAAUCUCUAUCGUUAUGUUAUAUAAAUUGUCUAUAUAAUAUCUGAUUUUAGUUGAUAAAAAUCAGAGACCAUGUAUAAUUAUCAUAACCCUGUGAAUUUAUUCAGUAACCAUAUCUAUUAUUCAGAUUCUUAAUUUAAGAUCGCGCGGAAUGUCCAUUUUGUAGAAUUAUACAGAGCUGACAUACAAAUGUAAUAAUUGAACACCGAUUUUGGCGUAAGAGACUAGACAUACGUCAGUCCUACACAUAGGACUAAUAAGGGGCUCUUCUUAUGGUUUUGAACUAUGAUGUUAUAGAUGUAAAAUUGAUAAUAACUAAAUGUACACGUAUCUAUAUAAAGUGUUGUAUUGUAAGCACUCAACUCUUGAGAGUGAUUUGUUGCUAAUAUUUAAUAUUCUAUAUAUAUGGUUAUAUUUUAUCGCCUUGAAACUGUUGUUUUUACUGAAUGUUUCAAUUUAUAUUGUCCAAUUAAUGAAAGACUGAGUGUUUACAUAGUAUGUUGGUUGAAUAGCAGGUUUAUUUAUCACGAGUAAUGCAAGUAAUAUUUCUAUAUCCAAUUCUUAACACUAAUAUUCAUGCUAUAGGUUCAGCGAUGCACACAACCGGUUAAUCCAAACAUGUCAUGUAACAGCGGGAUUUUGAAAUUAAUGUUUUUUUGCGUACCGAUUACGAGUUCCACACCCAUCUGCAAGUUUGAACAAAAAGUUUCUUCAAGGCAUUUACUCAAUUUCAUUACUUUUUGUAUUGACAAUGACUGAAAUAGCAUGAGUUAUAAGAACGUUUCCGAUAAUCUACUUAUGGUAUCGGAUUAUUCACUAAGGGCCUGUUUCACAAUGUCCAAGUAUUAGAUAGGAUAGCUAAUUAACAAAUAAAUUAAUUGCCAGAUAAAUCUUCAUCCUAAACUUAGCACUUUAUCUACCAAUUAAGCUUAUUUGAAGAAUGUGAAACGCUAAAAAUGACUUUAUCUACAUACAUAUCAUAAACCCUCUAUGAUGCCUUCAAAAUCCGUAAAUAAUGGCCAACAUUACGAUAACUUGUUUUGUUACAACAAAUUUCUUAUCUGUGAUAAUGUUGUAAUUGCUUUAUAACUCAACAUCAAAAUCGAUUUGGUUAUGACAUUCAAAUUUGGAACAUCUCUGAAACAAAAGCAAUUUGAUUUAACCUCUAUUCCAAUAUCAGUCGAGAUGCCUUUUUGUUCGAAAUGAAAUGUCAAUUGCAUACAAUUUUGACAUAUCUCGCAUGUUAGUAUGUAUCGCAUGAUAUACGGAAAUAGGCCUCCGACUCUAGUUUGCCUGUGAUUAAAAAAAAACUACGAAUGCGUGACAUGCGUGAAAAAAGUUUUCAUUUACUGCCAUUUAACGUACAGUUCAUCUUUUAAUUAGGUUUAAGUAUAAAAUGAAUAUGUUUUGUGGUUUUUAAAGUAACCAUCGCAAAAGUUUCGUGUAAAAUGAGCGAUAAAAAUAUUUCGGUGACGCCACCACAUAUCCACGUGUUCCGCCAACAGAGCAUCGAUGCCCCAACGUUGGCUGUAAUUUGGGUUGGGGAAUAUAUCAUAGAAAGUUUAUAUUAUGUGUGUGUGUGUUCAGUAUAUGUAACUGUACAUAAUUAGGCAUUAAAACACUCGUGUGAUCCUUUUAAGAAACUCACUUCGUUCGUUUCUUAAACCCACACUCGUGUAUUUUAAUGCCUUUUAUUAUGUAGCAGUCACAUAAACUACUAUUAUUCGUCAGAAAGGUGGCAAGUAGCUUAUUUAAGACUUUACUUGGUUAUUGUGAAAAAGGCCCUUAAUCUAAUAGUUUAAAUAUCGUGCACUUUCACAUUCAUUAAUUCGCUCAUUAACUACAUUUUCUUUGCAAUUAAUAAUACUGUAUGUACUUUUGUGAGUAACCAUUCAUCUUAACUCUCCUGCCCACACCUAUACCUAUUUUAUAAUGUAGACAUUAGGGGCUUAAUUUACAGAACGUCCAGCGACUAAUAUCGAAAGAAAUCAUAUUUAAAAUGGCUGUAAACACCAUAAGUUUAAUAAUGUGCGUAAUUUAGUUACUUAUUGAAUUUGGUGUUCACUAAGCUCGGUCUUCUGUUAACCAUUUUGACUUUGAAAUUAAGGGUGUAUUCCCAUCUGUCCCCGCCGGGCACAGAUGGGAAUAAGCGCUACAUACAAAUAAUUCCCAUCUGUGCUCGCCGCUUGUAUGGCGUGGUUACGUGGGGCGGGCACAAAUGGGAAUACACCAAAUUAAGACUGUGUUGUUCGCAUGUAGACAUUAGAUCAUCAUAAAGCAUAUAUGAUAAAUUGACUGACCGAUACCAUAAAAUAAAGAAUCCGCCACACCACUGCUGUUCUUUGUAUGUAGAGCAGUUUUGCCAACUUCGCUACUUCAUCUUUCCAAUAUUUUCUUCCACUCAAGAGGGCGAGGAAGAAACAGUACAGUCGACAAAUAAAAACUUGUAAUGAAAAAGAUUUGAAAAAGGUAUUUCAAUCCUCUAAACUGAACGAGAUAGAGAUAAAACGGGCUUUGAAACCAGUUAGGAAGGAACUCGCCGCUAGGAGCAUAUAGCCUUUAAUAGGGUAUACUAUCAACGUCGGUCGUCGUUUGGUCGGUGCCCCAACUUAAAAACCAUGUACCCAUACGAGUUGUCUAGAAAAGUGGAUACUUAUGUUAGGGAACCGACUAUCGUUACUACCUGUUAGUACCUAUUAGUACCUGUUUUUAUCAAAGUCACCACUCCGCCCUAAAAUGCGGCUUGACUAUGGGUUGCACACUAUAAGGUAGUUUACCCUCAACAUAUUAUUUCCAUACGAGUGAUGAAGAGCAUUAGUAUGCAUAUUUAUAUUGUAUGGCUUUAUGAACUUGUUAUGUUUAUUUAUUUUCAAUUUGUAGCGGUACUUAAAAGCUGUAUGUCUUGGUAGUUGGUAUUGAUUAAAAAACAGGAAUGAUUUUUUAACAAAUCUUACAGUUGUGCAUAAUAAUACAUAUGUACAUAUUAUUUAACUAAUUGAAAUAAGGAUAUGAAGGAUGUUUAAAGUUUCUUUUAAAUGUUUUUUGCAACAAAAAUAAAUUAGAAUUUUCUAAUAAAUUCGACAUCGACACAUCACUAGUGAAAAACAUGUUUAAAGCGGUAUUUUAAUGUAUAGUUCUUUUGUUGAAAUCAUGUUUUGUUUAUUGUUACUGUGUGUUUUUUUUUUAUGAAACUUGGUGUAUGUAUGUUUUAGGUUAACAAUAAUUGUUAUUCAAACCCCUUUUGAACUAGUUUUGUAAGUUAUGUUACUGCAUUUUAAUUUUUUUUAACUGCUAAUUUAAUUUGAGUAUGCUUAAAUAAUUAAUCCAGCCUUUACACAUCGUAAAAACAUCACUAAGUAUAAUAUUUUUAAGUUGAGCUAGAAAUUUACUUAAAUAGUAGUGUACGGUCGAGGAAAUUGAUUCUUUAGCAAUUUGCGGUUCAAGUUAUUUUUGUUGUACAUACUUAUGCUAAGAGCUGUCCAAUGUAAAUUGAACCGUAAACUCCUAAAGAAUCAAUUUCCUCGACUGUACCUAAUGAAAAACACGUGUUUUAGGAACAUAGAUACUAUUUAUUUAUUAAUGUUGAACAAAAUUUAAAACUGUCUACAUGUCCUUAAUUAGACCUUAUUAACACAGGAGCAUCUGCCUAUCAAAAGACAUUGCUCGAGGUUGUUAACUAUCGAACGUGGCAGUGUUAACUAUGAUCUACGAUGCGCCCUUCAAAUUAUACUAUGCGUGUUCCAAGAAUUAUGUGGUCGCACCUCAGUGUGGCUAGCGUUGAAACGAUAUCUACACUUAUCUUAAGAUACUAUCCUACUUUAAAGGCUCUUCCAUAUUUAGUUCGGAAGCGCGAAGACUGCGCACGUUUAAGAACCCGAGCCGCAGAUUUGCGCCUAUUUCCUAAAUUUUUUUGACUCGCGUUUGUCCCGCGACAAAAAGAGUGCAAACUGUACUAUCGCCUCCUCAUUGGUUCGUAGUUAUUAUUCUGCGUCUUUCUCGCGUGAUUUAUGCACUUAAUGUGAAGGGCCCUUUAUAAACCUGCCUGAAUAAUGAUAAUGACACUUAAGCCCCCCCAGACUAUGCGCGCGAAUCGCGGCGCGACUUCGCGGAGCGAACAUACCGCGACGUUGACGUAGACUCCACACUCGCACAUCUUCACCUCACGGCGAUUUCGCAGUUUGGUUCGCGGCAAGAUGACGCCGAAGCGUCAGCUGAUCGGAUUUAGUUUGCGGCAAGGCACUGAUUCAAACUGGGAACUGUCAUGAUUUUUGAUUGAUCAAGUUCGCACCCAAUAUAACCAAGUAGCCGCCAUAGAAGGUUAUGCCAGUUUAACAGAUUAACCGACUCGUGAGCGAAUCGCGGCGCGAAGCGAUUGCGAGUGUGGAGUCUUGCAAGUUCGCGCUUCGCGUCGCCUUUGAUGCGGGCCAAAUACCGACAAAAAACGGGGAAUAAGGCGCGAAAGCGUGAACAAUCUGCGAAAUCGACGCGAGGGCCAUCCACACUCGCGUUCGCGGCUUCGCGCACGAGUGUGGAGGGCCCUUUACAUCCACACUAAAAGAGAAAGAUCCCGCAAUUUGCGAACUUCUGUUUUCGCGGUAGGCUCCUUGAUAUCAGGCCCGACGUCGGGCCCUAGCAAGUGUUUUUCCGUUUCACCAAACAUCAGGACAUCGUUGACAAUAUUUAAAAUGUAAACAAAUGUUUCAUACGCAAAAAUAUCAAACAUUGAACAUUUUUGGCAAUUAGAGAAAGUAUUGUUUACAUUUCGUGCUGAUAUUCCGUGAAACGGAAAACGAUUAUCAGGCUAAUAGGGAAUAUUACGCGAAACUCAGCGUAGGGGGCGCUACUACCACAAUCGGAAGGACUACCGCGCAAUAAGAAAAUCGAAAUUUCGUUAUCUAACCUCUCUAUCACUCUUGCAUAUUCGAGCGAUGAAGAGGCAGAUAACUUAAUUUCUAUUAUCGCGUUUCCCGGUAGCCCCUUUGUAAACAAACCGCCUAGAUGCAUCAAUAUCCGGGUCCACAGUCCACACUGUGUGGACUAGUGUGGACCAGGCUAAUGUCAUAUUUUAUUAUUUGCGAAAACUUGUCAAAAAACAGUUUAAGGCACAGAAUGUAUAAGUUACUCUUAUGGUUUAAGAAAGUUGCUAGUGCUGCACUCUGGCGGCAGAACAUUGCAGUAAUACUCGCUAUUAGGCAAACGAGUCAAAGUACAGAAGAACAUGUCGAAGAUGUUUUGCUGGCGCUAAACGAAGAAAACGAAAGAUUUAUUGUAACAUGUCACAUAAAUUUAAUUAAAGCGUUUUAUAUAAUUCUAA